AUGUGUAAAGCGCGGUUCAAUCGACGCUCAACGCUUUGGAAUCAUAAGCGUAUUCAUUCGGACGAUAAACCGUUCGAAUGUAAUGUGUGCCGGAUGACAUUCAAGUGGAAGAACUCGUUAAAGUGCCACAAGGAGAUGCAUCAACGGAAAAACGAAAUAACGGGCAUGGAGAAUGAUCCACUAGAAAAGACGCUCACGUACGCCACUGCUGCAAAACGACGACAC